GUCGGCGCCGUCGCCCGCCCGCGCCGAAUGCCCAGCCGACACGCACCGCAUCUGCAUAUGGCGGCGCACACUUUCUAGCCCCCUCGUCUCGUCGUCGGCCUUUCAACUUUUCGUCCUUAUCUCAAACCCUCUUCGUGUGAUGUGUAUGGCAUGCACGGCCCCUCCACCUGACGUGACGUGUGUGUGUUGUGUGCGUGCAAAAUUCUGAAACUGGCUUUGGAUUUCGAUUCGCGUCGGAGAACGACACAGGGCGCUCGUGGCUCGCACCCGCCUGCCUUUCCCCUCCCUCUUCGCUCUCAUUCGCACCAGGAACUGCUUCAGAUUUCUCCCGGUUCAAAUUGGAUGCCUUGAGCGGCCCGAGCCAUGAGCAGCGCAAGAUUCGAAAGCAGUGGGCGAAAAUGGCAGACACAUUCAACAGCAGGUAGUAAAACAAUGUAUUUAGCUACUGCAGAUGCUAAACAGAUCGCCCACUGCCAACUUAAUCUUCCGAGAGCAAUAGAUCCCAAUGUUGGUUCCUACCCUGUGAAGCACCACUACCCGUCUCCUAUUGUUUCCUGGAUAGAAGACCUUUCGAGCUUUAGUGAUGUUUCUUUUAGCGAUAAUGCCGAAUAUGUGGACGAUCAAUCAAGGCCUUCAGUGGGGCAGUCUUCUGCAUCCAACAAUUUGCAUGACAUGCAAAUCUCGGUAAGACUGACAGAUGAAUUCAUGGAACUUGCAAAGGAGAACACAAGCAAUAAUUUGGAGACCUGUGGAAUUCUUGGUGCUUCAUUUAGUGAUGGAACUUACUAUGUGACAAUGUUGAUCAUACCAAAGCAAGAUGCAACUGCUCAUUCAUGUCAAGCUUUUAAUGAGGAGGAGAUACAUGCCAUAUUGUCAGAGCAGUCACUUUACCCUGCUGGGUGGAUACAUACUCACCCUUCACAAACAUGCUUCCUAUCAUCGAUCGAUUUGCAUACUCAAUACUCUUACCAGGUUAUGUUCCCAGAAGCUGUUGCCAUUGUGGCUGCUCCCACUGAUCCUACUAGGCAGGAGCUAUGGAAUAUUCAGGCUGACAGAUCCAGGAGGGAUGGAUGUGCUCAGGGAGUGCAGCGAGAGUGGGUUCCACACUCACCGAGAGACAACGGAUGGCGGUCCAAUAUAUGAAACCUGCUCCAAGGUGCACUUCAAACCUAAUUUGCGGUUUGAGAUUGUCGAUCUGCGUUCUGGUGCGUGAGCGUUGUAACCAGGCGUACCCGCUCGUGUCUCUCUGUGUACUGCUUUCUGGCAUAGUAGUAUGUAUAUAAGACAUGUAUCCUACAUCAUAGAUCUUAUAGUUUACUGUUCAUCGGCUUGAUGGGCCGGUGCAAAAACUUGUCUUACUGACCGGUAAUGUCAACUAAAUUCUGAACUCUUUGGUCGUAAUGUGGUGUACCUGAAAAAUAUAGCAACGCUCAUCUGAUGUAUUUUGUGUAUAUCAUGAAGCCCAGUGACUAGCACUGGUUGUCUUUGGAAUCGACGGAAAACGUGGCCCGAAA